CUACCGCAGCUCUCCUGAGAGCAUUGAGCAACAAACAACCACCAAAACCACCACGACCACUCUGACCAUCUUCCCUGAAAAACUAUGCAACACGAGGAGCAGAGCACAGACAUGCAAUUUCGAAGAUCCAGCAGUGUCUCAACAAGAAAAUGCCCCACCACAUUCAAUAAAGACCAAAGAUCUCACAAUUACACCUUUUGUUCUCAAACAGAUCUUCAAUAUCCAAACUGCAGUUGCCAUGUGGAUGAUACAAAUGCAGUUCAAAUACAGAAUGAUGCUGGCAUUCAAGCGCACGAAAUCACAAGGUCACAGCUUAAAGAAAAGUCACUGGAGCAGCAGCAGCAGCAGCAGCAAGUAGGAGGUAAUGGAGGAGGAUUGAGCCAUGCAUAUCAGCCCAAAGUGUUUGCAGAUAUCAUUGGGCAUGGCAUGAUCAUUAAGGCAUUGGCAAAUGCCGCACAAAUGAAGAGAAUUUCAACUAUGUAUCUCUUUUAUGGCCCAGGAGGCUCGGGCAAGACGUCAACUGCCAAGAUUUUCAGCAUGGCUCUGAAUUGUAAUUCCACAUCAUAUUCAAAACCCUGCUCUGUCUGUGAUGGGUGCUAUCGGAGUUUGUACACUGCAGAACUAUGCUCUGGGAAGAGAAAUUCUGGUUUUGAGAAGAUAAGGACACUGCUCCAAAGCACCUCUUUUACGGAAACAAUCUCCGGCUACAAAGUGUUUGUCAUAGAUGAGUGUCAUUCUCUGUCCGAAGAUUCAUGGGUUGAGCUUCAGGAUAUUGAAGAGAAGGGACAUGGGAUGAUGGUUUUCAUUAUGAUCACUGAGGAUGCCAGUCUUGUUCCCAGAGGUAUUUCAUCUCGUUGUCAGAAAUUCAACUUCCAAAAGCUCACAGACUCGGAUAUCUCACUGAAACUUGCAAAGAUCGUUGCACAGGAGGGCAUUGAGAUCAAGAAUGAUGCUCUGACACUUAUCGCCAGAAAGGCCAAUGGCAAUCUAAGAGAAGCCGAAAACUUACUUGAUCAGUUGGCACUCUUAGGCCAAAGAAUCACUGCUUCCAUGGUCCAGCAGAUUCUGGGUCUGGCACCACAUGACAAACUAACACAAUUACUUGAGGCGACUUUGUCCGGAGAUAUAAUUGAAGCGAUGAGACGCACAGGAGAGUUGAUUGCAUGCGGAAUCGAACCAAGGACUGUUGUAUCGCAAUUAGCAUCUCUUGUCACAGAAACUCUUGCUGGAAAUUCUUCCUCUUCUAUGCAAGACCAUUCUCAGAUCAGGAAUAGACAACUGAAGAAACUGUGCAACACUUUGAGAACACUCGUUGAAACAGAGAAGCAACUCUUUUCCAAUUCACAUGACCACACUACAUGGGUUAGUGCUGCUUUGUUGCAGAUUGCAUCAGAGGGUAGGUCAAACGGCAUUGCUCCUGAUACUGUGUUAACUGAAUUCACAAAUCCAGCAGAUACGAAUUCUGCACCGAGAAGCAGAUUUGAGCCAACAUCUGUCAGUACGACUCCUUAUUUCAAUCAUGUUGAUGGUUCCACAGACCCAACCUCAGAGAAACGUAGCUCACAUGCGCUAGACCUGCAUACAAAAAUAAAACAUAUUAAUAUGGAGGAAGUAUGGCAUGAUAUACUGGAAAGGAUCGACAACAAAGACUUGGGAGAAUUCUUGCACAGUCAAGCAAAGCUUAUAUCUUUGACUCUUUCAAGAGUCAACGCCAUUGUACAUCUGGUUAUUAUGAAACCAGUUGCCACUGAUAUGUCUGAAGAACUCAUCUCAAAUGCUCUGAAAGAUGCUCUUGGAUGUCCAACUUCAGUGAAUAUAACACAUGAACCUUCGCAGCUUGAAUUUGUGGCUAGAAACUCAGCCACAAAUGAAGGAAAGCAAGUCUUACAAUCCAGCCAUUCCUUACAAAAUAAUGCAUCGGUGCUUUCUAUAUCCAAUACAUCUAGAAGAAGCGUGGACCAUAAAGGUCUCAUACUGAAGAGAAGUGUGAGCCACAAUGCCAAUCCUAUGCCGAGCGGUAAAUUUGCUCCAACAAGAAAGCAGACUAAUUUGCAAAUGUUUGCUUCUGAUCAUUAUCAAAGAAGAGAAAUUGGUCACAUGAUUCACAGAAGCCGCAUACAACCAUUUCCUGACACAAGCAGUAGCUUCAUGGAUGAUGAUAACCGCAAUGGAAGAAAUCAAACUCGUGAUAACUGUCCCAUAGGAGAUGCAAUUGAGAACAAGCACACGUUCCUUUCAAUAACAUCAAUUCCUCAUGCAGAUGCAAGCAUUGAACCUUACAGUCAGGAUUUGUUGUUUGAAGAAGCACAAAUAGAUAGACAACAGCAGGGAAGAAAUUAUUUUUCAAAUUCAAGACAGAAUAGCAACAAUAAAACAUACGGGGGACUGUAUGGUUCUUGGAGUUGCACUGACAUAUUUUGUCCUAAUGAAAAAACAGGGAAAAAGAAACCAAUUACCAAGAAAUAAAUGGAAUGGCUUUCGAAAUUGCUAGUAGUAAGAUGUUUCCUAGUUGUGUGGUGAAGGAUACAUUUAAAAAUAAUGUGGUCAUACAUUUUUUUCUUUUGUAAUUAAAUUUUCAGUAAUAGUAUUUGUGAACAUGAUAUGGCAAUGUAAUU